GAUCAAAACAGUCGCGGCAGUUGAGUUGCGAAGCGCGGUGGUAGCGAUCGCCAGUUUGAUAUGGUCGCGCGGGGCGAGAGCAUGUUCGAGAGCUACGACAGCUACUCGUACCGACUGUGGAGUUUAGCAAAUGUCUGGAACACCUGCCAACGUGAGUAGUUAUUAUGCUGCCGCUGAUGCUUCUUGUGUCUGAAAGUGAUUUGUUGCACGUGCUUUUAUGUUACGACACUGCUUCCUCCUCCUCAUACAUUGAUACCCAAAGACGUACGCGAUGACGUCGGUUACAUUAGCGGUUAGCCCACAAACAGCUCCAUCGCUCUCGAACGGCGUCAUCAAAGAAGAAGAAAUGUCACCGAUGGCAGCCGUGGCCGCGGCCGCGGCAGUAGCCGCCGCCGAGUACUUUAUCAAGUGUCCGCAAUGUCAGCAAGGCUGCCAGUCCUUCCAGGCGCUGAAAGAGCAUGCGGAGGUCGCGCACGGUGGUGAGGGGGCGGUCGCUCCCGCAUCGGGGGUGGGCCUAACCACGGAGAUGGGCGGAGCCCGAACGCCGCCCGCCAUGACCGGACCAGGCGGUCCGUUCGGCUGCGCCCACUGUCCUACGUCUUUUGCCGCGAAGGAUCAGCUCGAGAAGCAUGAAUUGCUGCACUCGCCUAAUGCUCAAGUGUCCUGCAAAAUCUGCAACAAGACGUUCGCAAAUGUGUAUAGGCUACAGCGACACAUGAUCAGCCAUGAUGAAAGCGCCGUACUUAGGAAAUUCAAAUGCACAGAAUGCGAAAAAGCCUUCAAAUUCAAACAUCACUUAAAGGAACACAUCAGAAUCCACAGUGGAGAAAAACCAUUCGAAUGUGGGAACUGCGGGAAACGUUUCUCCCAUUCCGGAUCCUAUUCUAGUCAUAUGACAUCAAAGAAGUGUCUUGUAAUGAAUCUCAAAUUAGGUAGAACUAGAGCUCCAACGAACAAUACUCUCUUAGACAAAACCUCACAGCAGAGCGUACGGAUACCAAAGAGAACCAAUGUUAGUCCAAUAAACAACAAUAUUCCAACUAGUCCCAAUCACAAUGCCUACUUGCCUAUACUCCCGAAGUAUUCAGAGGCUGCAGCAGCGUUCUUCCAGUCCUCUCUAGCAGGCAAUACUUCUCUGUCUCCUUUUUAUUUGACGCCUCCGUCUUUGCUCAACGCUGGUCAUUCUAUAGACCCUUACCGUACUAUUCCUUCGUUGGGUCACAUUUUGGAGCAGUUACAGCAACAAAAUGCUAACCAUUUACGACCUCCAAUUAUGGACUCUGAUACGCCUACUAGAUACGUCACCCCGCACAGUUAUGAUACAGCUAGUGUCAAAUCGGAAAACAACGAAAAUAUACCAACAUCGAAUGCUGGAUCAGAAUGUGGCGAUCUGGUCAUGGAUGAAGACGCUGAUCACGAACCUGAGACAGCAAAAGUAGAAACCGAAAGUAAAGAUACUACUAAUAAUGGAGACUUAGAAGCUGUGAAACGGAUAUUAGAAACAGUAAAUGCAACAGUUACCAAAGAGUUACUCCAAGCGAAUAUGCAAAGAGUUACUUCAGACUCUUCUAGUGAUAGCCAUAGUGUCGCAUCGUCGCAUUCACCUCGAGCAUUUAGUUGCAGUCACUGUAAGAAAUCGUUCUCAUCUUCAAAUCAGUUAGAAGAACAUGAGUGUGAAGACCAUAGAAGUGAAGGCUUGGCCGCCAAAUUGGAAGACGCCUUGACGUCAAAGUCAGAUGAUGCUCAUAACGGUAGUAUUAGUAGCGGCGAAGAACAAGAAUACGACAGGUUACAUUACAAUGCUAAUGAUGAAGUUGACUCAGAAUCUUUCGCUACCACGGAUCACGUUUCUGAAGACGGUAGGAAAGUCAGGGUCAGGUCAUUGAUCUCCGAUGAACAGUUGAAAGUUCUAAAGGACCAUUACAAAUUGAAUGCAAGGCCCAAAAGGGAAGACCUGGAGAAGAUCGCCUCGACGAUAGGGUUUCCAGUAAGGGUAGUGCAAGUUUGGUUCCAGAAUACAAGAGCAAGAGAUAGACGAGAAGGCCGUCUGUUUCAAGUUCCUUACAAUCCAGCGUCGUACCCGCCAACAACAAGCGUGGUUCCAAUAAAGCCUCAUCCAGAAAGUUCGCCACCUCCUGAACCAGAGUAUAUCUCGGAACAACCAUUGGAUUUGUCGAUAAGAAAAGGGUCCUUGUCCAAUGAAUCGUCGCCAGUGAGCUCACCGAGAAGACCUCCUUCAGUCAACCACCAAGAGUCUAACGACGAGGUGGUGAACCUCAGCAGAAAGUCGUCCAGUCCAGGCCCCUAUGUACCUCACCAUUACCAUGGUUCCAACUCAUCAGAACCCCGACAAUCACCUUCACCGUCCGCGUUGGACUUCAACAGCAGUAGGUUGGCCCAGAUGUUAGCUCAACCAAGUCAUAUGACCAUACCCGGUAUGGGUCUGGUAUCCCUAAUGGACCAGCCAAGUUUAUCGCACCUGAUCAAAGUGAAUCUGUCCAGCUUGAGUCCACAAGGGAGAAAACGGGGGUCUGACAUGAUGGACGAUGAUCCUAAUGGGGCUAAAAGGAGGUGCAUGCUCAAAAAUUUCGGCGUUCCGGUGUACGAUGGACAAGAACCAGAGGUUGAGGGUCAAUUCAGCUGUGAUCAAUGUGAUAAGGCGUUCUCCAAGCAAAGCUCGUUGGCUAGGCACAAGUAUGAACAUUCAGGUCAAAGGCCUCACAAGUGCGACGAGUGUACCAAAGCCUUCAAACACAAGCACCAUUUAACCGAACACAAAAGACUACAUAGUGGCGAAAAACCUUUUCAAUGCAGCAAGUGUUUGAAACGCUUCUCCCACUCUGGAUCCUACAGCCAGCACAUGAACCACCGGUACUCAUACUGCAAACCUUACAGAGAAUAAUGCCAGAGACUGUAUAGAAACUACUUUUAAGAAUAUAGCUCAUAAAUGUCCCUACGUGGUGAUUAUACUUCCAUGGUUCAAGCUGGUUUUUUGUACUAUUCACACAAACUUUCCCAAUUACAUGGUGUAGGUUUCACUAUAUUCACUAGCUUCGUCUGAUUAAGAACAGCUCUUUACCAUUCAGACAAUAAUACACUUCUAAGAGCACAAUGAAAUCGUUUGCUUCAACAUCACUUCAAAAAGAGUGAUCAAUCAACCUAAAAAUAAUAUGCAUUCCUCAUUACUAAAGUAUACAAAAUGAAAACAUAACCGCUCGUCGCCCGUAAUUUUAAAAAAAUUGUGUAAAAAAUACAUAAGACUUGCUUGAACUGUUUGUAAGGUUAUACGUGCUCUCUAAGUGGACUAUCUGCCAAAAUUUUUAAUCUCUGACAAGUAAAUAUUUUUGAGCAGCAGUGUACUACGGGAAACUCUUGCCAAAUAAGGUAAAUGUAUAUAGGUUAUGAUAAACUUUAAACAGAUCUGCAGAAAUAUUUAUGAUGAUGUGCUACAAUUUAUUUUAAGUAUGUACUUGACACAGUUCUCAGAGUUCUCCAAAGAAAGCAAUGUGCAAUUGAACUCUCUCCUCUGAUAUUUUGUUAUUAGUUUCGUCAUUUCCCAGAGUUUAUAUUAAUAUUAAGCUUUGUUUUUUAUAUUUUUUUGAUUGUUCAUUAAGUUCCAAAACAGUCUCAAUCCAAAUCUGCAGUUAACAGCGAAAAAGUAAAAAAAAUGAAAAACUACUCACCGUUCAUCGAACAGAAAGUCCAAGUACAGCUCUGUCACUUGUAAGUAUUGUUCAACGUUGUCCGCAAUAGAUUCAAAAACACAUGAACGCAGAGACAUAGGACUGCCUUUCCCGAAUUCGCUAACGAAGUUCGUCAACCGUUUCCACCCUCGGUUUUAGGAAAUAAUUUUAUUUUGCUCCAAACAAAAAAAAAAGGAAAUCACGAGUUAUCUUGAAAAACGAUCAGCAUGCUCUCGCGAAGCCUCGGUAACAUUUCGAAAACAUUCACCGUGAAUUAAAAUAAUAUGGACAACUCCGAUAUUGCUGUAUGAGUAUAUUUUUACCUUGUUUUUUUUAGAACCGAUGUGUAAAGGUUUUGUUUGUCCACGCGGUCAGUGCCUGGAUGGAGUACUGAUGCGCAUCGUACGUACGUCAAGGUGCAGGCCACUUGAAAGUCUUAGUUAAAAAACCGGUUUGGCGAGUGGUAGAACUCGAUAGCAUAAAAUCACACUCUUGUUCUACACCCUUGGUUAUUGCAUAUUAUAUGAGAUUCUUUUCGCUUUAUAUUUUUGCAAGCAGAUAGUAGAUUGCUGGGACUGUGUUUGGAGUCUUAUGAACCUUUGAAUCAAUUGGUUAUAAUCAUUCCACAGAGACAAAAAAUUUCUAAACUAACACGACUUGUAAAUAAUAGGAAUACCAAAUCUGGUACCUGCAUAAUAAUACUCAUAGAUAUAUAAAUUUAAGUUUAGUGCCAGAAAGAAUCAAUGGUCUUCCACCACUUUCAUAAAUAGUGGUGUUUAGCGCAGGCAACGGGCACCAAAGGCAAUUUUCGGAAAACUUAAAAUUUUAGUCCUUAUGUGCAAUUGGAUAACGUUCGCAAUGCCAUUCGACUCCAGAUAUUUUAUCAAACAAUGAGUCAAUAUUACAGUAGGUAAUCAACCUAUACAAAAGGUCGAUUUAUAAACUCUAACGUGCCAUACCGUCGGCGUACUGUUGACGUAACGCUACCGCUGACAGUUAAUAUCAAUUUGUAACCUUACUAAAGUUAGGGCGUGACGCAUAACCUAAGGCAAGAUUGCAUUAUUUCUUAAAUAUCAGGCCAAACUUGUCUGCAGAUCAUAUGCAGUGUCUUCAUCACUUGUAACACACAUCUGAUAAUUCAUAUUAUUAUUUGAAUAAACUAAAUAAAAUAUAGUAAACAAUCUCAACGGAAGUCACGCCGGAUAAAACAAAACAUAUGUCAUAUCAAACAGAAAACAAAAUGAACUGAUCCGACGCAACAAACACGUGAUUUGCAGGCUCCUUUUCGUUAGUUGAAAUGGCAACGGCAGAAAGUUAAAAAUUCGUCAAGUCGUCAGCGUUACAAACGGACGUUGCGUAAUUCCUUCUUAUAAACAGUUCAACGUCGAGCGCAUGCAAGUUCGGCAGUGUUGUGGAACGUCAGAGCUUAUUAAUCGACCUUUAAGGUCCAUCAACCCCAGUUUUGACUUCAGAUCCGUGUUCAGCAUGAAAAAUUACAUGGGAAAACUAUAGUUGCAGUUACUCAUUUUUAUUCUGUGGGCUUGUGUUGCGUUACUCUACUCUAUUCUUUCUUCUUUAUUCUUUGUAUAGCGUCAGUAUUCCGGCUACCUCCAAAAUGACUUAAAUCAUUGAGGUAGAUUUUACUACAGUAAGUAAAGAAAUAAUCUAAUGCUUAUCAUUGUUUGAAAGAAAAACUCUGCGAGUGCCAUUAGUUACCAAUAUAAAUUUAGUCGGGUAUAAUAUUAAAAAGUUAUUGUGAUUGGAAAAUUCGAUAUAUUAUUUUUUUAUUAUUACGAGUGUAGAUAUGUAAAUAAUACGUAUUGCUUUCUAAGUGCCAUAUACCAACGAAAUUGCAUAGCCUAGUAACUGUAGAUAAGAAAUUUAUUGGUUUCAGUACAUCGAUGAUACCAUAGAUUGUAAGUGACGAUUUAUGAUUGGUAACCUGCCUUUAGUUUGUAAACAGUACAAUAAGAGGCAAAACAGAGGUUUCAGGGAAAUAUGCUUAGACACAAAAUACCGAAUCCAACAUUUUGAAUUAAAUAACACCACACAAAUGGACAGAUGCUAUACAAUCCAAGCAAUCAUUAAAAAUUAUACUAAAUACAUCUCUAUCCUUUACAACAGUUCCCCCUAAAACGGUUUGGGAUUUUAUGAAUAGCCGUUUGAAGAAUAUUUAGGAACUUUGGCAAUUUUCGUUUUUCAUACUGUUUUUUGGUGUCGAAAAUAGCAUAUUUUGAGCCGACUUUUUUAAAUAACUUCCAACAUCUCCUGGACUAUUGUGUCCAAUAUAUUUCGUCUGACAAUGUGAAAUACUCGUAUCAUGUAGUUUGUCACCAUAUUUCCCUGGAAGUGCUCAAGUGCAGCCAUGCAUCUGAGAUGUUACAUGACAAUACGUAGUGCUGGUAGUUGCAACAAUACAAUGAAAAAAUGGUGCAAGUCUUUAUCUUUUUAUAGGCAUUUAUUUCUAAUAGGUAUUUUUUCAAGAGACGACGGUGGUUACGUUACCAGUUUAUGAAUUAAUGUAUUUUUGUAUAUUUUACUGAUGUGAAUUAUAUGUGCCAUAUACAUAAGUUUCUUAAAUCCAGUAGUCAGCCCCACGUACUUGUAGUCUCAAUGCAAGUAUGUAAAAGUAGCAAAGCAUUUGGUGAACCUCAAACAAUAUUUAUACGUUCGAUAAGACCACAAUUCGUUGUCAAUAAUAUCUGUACACUUUAUGGUCGAUUUCAAAAUAAUGUUAAUCCUCUGAUUCACAGGUUUCCUGUAUCUGACCAUAUUUCAAAAUCAGGAAAGUAAAAAAAAUACGAUGGAGAGGCAUUAGAUUCUAAGAUGCUACUUUUAUAAAAGCUUAUGUGGUACAUUUCCGAAUCUCAACUGACGAUAUAGAAUAUUUAAAAAAAACUUAAAUUAAACUUUAAUUUUUGAACGGAUCAAGUUAGUGGACUGAAAUUCGGAAUGAUAAAAUUGAUGCAUGAAUACUAAAUUUCAGCGUAAAUGGAUAGUUUAAAGUUUCAAGAUGACGGCUGGACAUCAUCUUGGACCAUUUUUUAACUGGAAGAGGGUUCAUGUGAGAAACAAUCUCAUUUUGAAGCUCUUGAUGAGUAUAAAGAAUAGAGUAUAAUUCACUAUCUUUCAAAAUGGCGGACCAUCGGGCUGCAAAAGUUGAACGUUUUUAUACACUGAAUCGCUUAUAACUCUACAUCUCAUCAUAAAAACACUAUAGUAUGUUAUAUAAAUCUUCUUCUUUCCAGAGGGUCUAUUAUAAAUGUGCAAUAAAAUAUGGGACAUUCUGUUAAAAAAAAUAACAGAUUUUGAGAUUAUCUUUUAUAUGGAAUGUCAUCCAUCCGGAUAGAUCCUCCCAAGAAAAGAAGAUUGAUACAAAAUAAUAUCGCUGCUUUUUGAUGAUUGGUUGUCGAGAUAUAUGGUAAGCAAUUCAAUGUAUAACAGUCAGCCCGCCAGUUCGUCGUAUUGAAAGAUAACGAUUUGUUAUUCUAGGGUUCUAAAGGAGGAGCUUCAAAAUGAGAUAUCACAUGCCCCCCUCCCCUAUUCCAUCUAAAAGAGUUGUUCCAUGUGCCCUGUCCACAUUAUUGGAAUUUUCAGAUAUCAAGUUAAAUAUAGUAUUCAUGCAAUAAAUUAAUCACCGAAUCUCAGCUUGCUAACUUGACCCGUUCAAAAAAUAAGUAGGGCGCCUUUUUGAAAGGCACGGUAUAAACUUUGUCAUUUAGGUAUGUAUUUAUACCUUGGAUUUAGGAAACUGUUAAGAUUUAAUUGAACCAUUCCAAAUUAAGUACCUAACUAAUGAUUUCCAGUGUGUGAAUUUAUAGGUAUAUACUAUAAGGUUUUGACAAUAACAUAGCCAUUUGAUAUAAAACUUAUUUACCUAGUACUGCUGAUGUUAUGAAUAAAGUAGCAUUUAUUAUAUAGAGUGAAGAAAUCUCAAGGUAUGCGGGAAGAAUCUGAAGUUAAAGAAGAUAUAUUUACAAUUUAUAAUAUUGAUAUCUAUAAAUUUUAAUAAUUAAGACUAUUUCUGUGUAUAGCUAUUCUGUAAAUACUACUGAAUGUUUAUUCCCUCUUAUUGCUAGAAAGGUCCAGUCAAUUGAUUUUAUUCAUUACUGUUGUUCAAUCACAGAAACUAGCCGGCUGUUUUUUCUUUGAUGAACUACAUUUCCUUAUGGGAGAUGUACGUAUAUUUAGCACCUCGUUUGACUGGGCUCUUAUUUUUAUCAUUAGAUCUUAUCUCAUGCUCUAUUUUUAUUUUUAUACUUUUGAUCCACAAGCUUAGUCAUUACUGAUGCAUAACUGUUUAGUUGUGUCAGUUGUGUGAUUUAUUUUUUCUUACAUUUUAUUUGUUAUUUUUUUUACAUUGGCUAGUUUUACCAAAGAUUAUGUAAUAUAUUUUAGCCAAAUAGAGUUCUAUAUGUUCAUAUGUUUUUUAUUUGUUUUUUGUCGCUAUAUUCUUAUGUCUCUUAAUGGUUUUAUUGUAUAUUUUUUUAUACACGAAUCUUGUAAAAAAUGAAGAUUAUAAGGGAUGUCUGUGUAAAUUCUAUUGCAAAAAGUUGACAAAUGUAUUUUAAU